UUAAAAAAAAUUCUUUCUAUAUACCUCUUAAAAAGAUUAUGACGUUUUAAAUAAAGAGGAAAGACACUAGAAUACUUUCCUCUUCGUCUUGCCCGAUUGACGGAGCUGCUAAGAAUUGAACAGGAUUACUAUAGAGUCGUCUUCAAAUGUUAGCGCCAAAACUGCAACCCUGUUCUCCAUCAUCAGUGCAUAGAAGCCUCUCUACUCUGGCACUCCUCGCCGACAAAUGCACCACCAUGGACCAGCUGAAGCAGCUUCACGCCCAGAUGAUUGUUUCUGCCGUCGUCACAGCUGAUGCCUAUGUUGUCAGCCGCUUGCUCUUCUCUUGCGCCCUCUCCCCCUUCGCCGACCUUUCCCACGCUUCCAGAAUCUUCCGGUCCACACCCCACCCCAACUCCUUUAUGUGGAAUACCCUCAUCCGCGCCCAGCCCCAGGCGCUCCACGCGCUCUCUCUCUACCUCGCCAUGCGCCGCAACGGCGUCCUCCCCGGUAAACACACCUUCCCCUUCCUCCUCAAAGCAUGCUCCGAAUUGCGCAACCUUCCAGCCUGCAAACAGCUCCACGUCCACGUCAUGAAGAUCGGGUUGGCUUCCGAUUUGCACGUGGCUAACGCUUUGGUCCGGUGUUACUCGGUUUCGGGCAAUUGGAUUGAUGCCCGUUUCUUGUUUGAUGAAAUGACCGAAAGAAGUCCGAGUCUUUGGACCACUAUGAUUUGUGGGUACACUCAGAAUUUCCGCUCCAACGAGGCUUUGCAGCUUUUCAGCAAGAUGGUUGGGGCGGGCUUUGAGCCCGGUGGUGCCACCCUGGCUUCGGUAUUAUCUGCGUGUGCCCGGUCAGGUUAUCUUAAUUUUGGAGAAAGGAUUCAUGGCUUUGUGAAGGUGAAAGGGGUUGGACUUGGAGAGGGGGUGAUUCUUGGGACGGCGUUGGUUUACAUGUAUGCCAAGAAUGGGGAGAUCGCAAAGGCUAGGAGGUUGUUUGAUGAAAUGCCAGAGAGGAAUGUUGUUACAUGGAAUGCUAUGAUCUGUGGGUUGGGUGCUCAUGGAUAUGUGGAAGAUGCUCUUGGUUUGUUUGAGAAGAUGAAGAGGGAACAUGUUGUUUGUCCUAAUGGUGUCACCUUUGUUGGAGUUUUGUCGGCUUGUUGUCAUGCUGGCUUGAUUGAUGUUGGUCGUGAGAUUUUUCGUUCGAUGAAGUUGGUGUAUGGAAUUGAGCCGAAGAUUGAACAUUAUGGAUGCUUGGUUGAUCUUCUAGGGAGAGGGGGGAGGUUGCUGGAGGCAGAGGAACUGGUGAAUGGAAUGCCGUGGAAGGCUGAUGUGGUUAUUUUGGGAGCUUUAUUGGCAGCUAGCAAGAGUAGUGGGAAUACUGAGGUUGCUGUAAGAAUGGUGAAGGAAAUUCUUGCUCUGGAACCACAAAAUCAUGGUGUUCAUGUUGCUUUGUCUAAUAUGCAUGCAGAGGCUGGACAAUGGCAGGAAGUUUUGAGACUGAGGAAGACAAUGAAAGAAGAGAAACUCAAGAAAGUGCCAGGAUGGAGUCUGAUCGCCUCGUAGAGUUUCCUGUCAUACCUUGUAAUAGUAAAGACUGUUCAUUGUGGAAAAAAUAUUAUUCUUUCAUUUUUAGCGAAAGAUGAGGAAGGUAUAUAUAGUGGGACGCACUUCAUGAUCAACUGAUGCAGUCAUUUUGAAAAUAGCUAUGAUGAGACUUGAAAUACGGUGGACUUGACUCCAACAACUGAUGCAUGCAUGGUGCUAAAUGAAGAAAUAUCGCUACACUUCUGCUGCAUCACAAAGCUGAAAUUUUAAAAUACCACAAAAUGAUAUAUUAUCACAUCCUAGUUGCAAUGACGUAAGUAUACUGCGAUAGGAUCAGAGGAUAUCAUUUUGUAGAGAACUUCAUGAGCAGGAAGAAUACAAAAAUAUAUUACAGUGUACUUGGUGUUGAAGCCUUAUACCACCAGAGAAACUAAUACAGGAAUCCCUGGUAUUGGCUGACUAAAAAAGGACUGAAGGGAAGAAUUCUUCGAAGCUUUCUUUACUACGGUAAUCUCCCAACGUGACCAAACGAAAUGAAGGAUGAAGGUAACCUCACAAACACCUAGGCUCAAGGUGUUGUCUAGUUCAAUUUUGCCAGCAAGAAUGACUCAAAAUUUGGUGGUUUGAGACAUAAAAAGCACACCAGCCGUUCUGACUCAAAACAAACUAUCUCAACAACUUUGUUUGAUGGAAUUAAACAUGUUUGAGCUCAAUUUUGGCACAAAACAACACUCAUUCUAAAAUUCACCUUGCCACUUCCAAAAAUGACUC